UUGUUGUUAUUACAGGAUGUAACCAAUCACAGCGAAGGAGUAGGCUCCUGUUCAACGAGCGCGAACGGUUAAGGACAGGACAGACGGCUAAGAGAAAAUGGCGAAUAUGGAUGAGUUUAGGUACGGGAAUAACGUUAUAUGGAAAUUUUAACCAGUUUUGAUACCUAACGUUAAUAAGCUCGAACGUGUUUCUUUUCUACCUUGGGUGCAAGUUAUUUCGAAGUUACAACGACAAGCGCUAAACCUAGGCGAAGCUAAUUUGUAAUUACGUUAAAUUAAGUCUUGGUAGUUACGCUAACGUUAGCUGACGUUAGCUAGAAACAUGAAUUGUCCUUAGUUGGCAGCUGUAAAUGGCGUCCUUGUCUCUACACUAUGAAAUGACAACGGACUUGAAUACAUUUGAGCAUCGUUGACCUCCAGUUUUCAUGGCUUUUCGUUGAGUUAAGGGUUCUGGAGCCACUCGCUGUCUUUGGGGACACAGUUGACGUUAUGGCUUUACACAACUUGGUUUUUGUUAUCGAUGUGGAUUAUGGUGAUCACGAUUCAGGAGAUCAACUGGAUACCAGAAAUCAUCACGUGAAACGAGGAAUAUUACAAACCCUGCUGCAUUUCGGCUACAAAUAUGGAUUUGACAAAUUGCGCUGGGGUUAUAAAUUCUUUCAAUCCAAGACUGGCCGCAAUGCAAACUUCUUAUCAAGGGGGUCAGACUUCAAGGAGCUUCGCCACAAAACUUUUGAGGACUUUGAAAUAGAGUUUGAAGCCAAGUUUGAUCUGAAGGAUAAGCCGUGCCCUUCUCAGCAGAAGCAGCUAUCCAAUCAUUCUGUCUCCGUUCAAAAUGCACUUAAAGAAACCCUGCUGGACUUCCAAUGGGACAGACCAGACAUCACCUCUCCCACUAAACAGUCCUUGAGGCCACGGAGGUCGACCCGAGCUGGAAAGCCUAGUGUUUCACAGGAGGAUGAUAUGUCAAACAACGGGAAGAAUGUGGUGUUUAUUGUCUCGGAGUGUCCACGUUCCAGAUCACAACUUGUGGACUAUCUUGACUUGGGAAACCGUGAUCUGCCUACAGAUGUGACGGAACACAUCAUACCCAGGGGCCUUCACGACAUGCUGGCUCAGCGACAAGUUGUGCUGCACUGGAUUGACAGUAGAUCACAUGUCCAGGUCAUGAGGUGUGAGGAUCACCUCAGCUUUGACAAGCUGUCAGAGGUUCUAGCUCAGCUGGGUGGCAGAGUGAUCCCUGUGGUUGCACUGCUGAAUCUCUGCUUCACUCAAAAGCCAGACUCAGGCUACAGGAGAGAGAGUUUUGCAUUCAAGUCCAGCAUUGGAUACCUGCUGUCUUCUGAAAGGCUCCACAACCUGGCUUUUCCUGUCAUAAGUGGUGUUCUGCGGUGGAAGCAAGGUGACAUGACACAAAGCUGUAGCAUCAAGGUUGAGCCAGUGUCUCGGAGACAGAGGCUUCUCCCAGAGUCGGUGGAAGUGUGUCUGAAGGGAGUGCUGCAGGACUGGGAUGACUCUUCACUAACACAGACCUCCACAGAGUCAUGGGUGCUACAGUGUUCCAACAGCAGUAACCAGGGAGCUGCUGCUGCCUUCCAGCAUCUCCUGAUGGAGCUGUCCGCUCACGCUCUGCACAUGAUUUCUGAGGUGAAUGACAGCGGCCUAGUGUGCUCGGCUGUCCUCUCGCCCUUGUCACACACUACAGCUCUGCUCACUAUUCUCCAGUCUGGAGUCACUCAACAUGAUCAGUUCCUAACUCCUGAAAUAAUUGCCCCUGCCACAAAAGAAACCUCAGCGGAAUUGCCAGAUGUUGUGAGCAGUGUUCUGGGAGUAGUGUAUGACAUCAUAGAGGACGAUGGUGACACUGUUAAAGACCAACGAAAAAAUCAACAGGUUCCUGAGUGGGCUAGGCGGGAAGUCAGCCAUUGCCAUCUUACAGCAGGCAUGUUGGAGAGUUGGUUCCCUCAGUCGGACCAGUCAGGAGUUAGUUCCCAUUUAAUGGAGUCAAUGAGGUUGCUGCAUGCAGUGCCAGAGCAGAGAGAAGAGGAGGAGUUGUCUGUCCUACAGCAGGAGCUGAUCAGUGGUCUGGCUGAAUUGUAUCAAACAUCCCGGGGUGCAGAUGCCAAGAGGGGCAAGAAACGUGGCGCCCAGCGCACACCGGUGAAACAGAAGAUGAAGACCAUGAGCCGCUCUCUGCAGAUGCUGAAUGUGGCGCGGCUGAAUGUCAAAGCCCAAAAGAACCAGGCAGAGGCUGAGCAGCUGGUGGCCGAAGGCAGGGUCCCAGACAGACAGGGGAAGAGACUUUCAAGUGACAGGAACAAAUCUGGAGGAGCGAACACCAUUAGUUUCACUAGUGAGGAAGAGCUGCUGUCAUAUCUAAAGUGCAGUUAUGAGAAGACCAUGGCAGAGAGAGAGUCCCUCCUCACUGGUGUCCAGCAGCUCCUGUUUGCUGUGAAAACAUUCCUUGUGACCGAAUCAGACCUGCAGGUAAAGACCUCCCUGUUUGUCCAGCAACACCUCUUCAAGACCAGCAAAUCAAUCCGACAGCUCUACGGCAUGGCUGCUGAUGUUGAUGGCAAAGUCAGAGAGUGCAAGCUUCAGGCGUUGCUGAGGCUGGAGUUGUGCAGACUUUUCUCCGUGGAGCAGUCUGACUUACUGGAUGUGGAUCAGAUGGCAGAGGAGGUGGCUGAAAUGCUCAGAAUAAUCUCUUUAACAAAAGACCCAGUUUGCCUAGCAAGGUUUCUUGGAGAUGAAGUCCUCCCAGGGUUCCUGACUGCAGUCCCCAGAGUGCUGGCAGACAUCUACCAUAGUCUGGGCACCCAGCUCCCUGAGGCUUUGGUGGCUGCUCUGCCUGCUGACUUCUUCAGCGACGAGUCAAUUGCCAAAGACAGCGUUUCUCCUUCAGCCUCCUCACCUCCCCUCUCCACACACAGCCUGGUUUCAGAUGGCAGAGAUCGCCUGCAGGACCUGCGAAAUCGCUCAGCCAGCAACAGGAGGAGUGGGAUGUUGACUCGUCAUCGCAGUAUGACUGAAUCAUCGCAGAGUCUUCGCCAAAUAGAAAUCCCCAAAAAGACUACAAGAGCUUCCAAAUCAAAGGUCUGUGUUGCUGUGAAGAAACCUGUUGCAGAACCACCACCUAAACCUCAGAAACAAGAAACACAAGAGGUGACAAAGGUUAGAAGAAAUCUGUUCAACCAAGAGAUUGUAUCCCCCUCAAAGAGAGCCAAACUGCCGAGGAGCCAGUCUGUGUCCGCUGUGGAAGGCCUGAAACGCAAGCGAUCUGGUGAUUCUGAAGGUAAACAAAUUUAUUAUUGCACAUCAAUUAAAAGGAGAAAAAAAAAUUCACAACGGAGAUCUGUACCAACUGAGGAGUGCAUUGUGGAAGAAUCGCCAGUAAAACCUUCAGAAGAAUUAAGAAGGAGCCCAAGGAUAAAGAAGUUUGCUCGAAGACACUCAAACGUCUUCUACUCGAGUUCUCAACCUCGCUCCCGCAACCUGGACAGGGCUCUCUCUGCAUCCCAGCUUACUCUCAGCGAUGGCAAAAUCUGCGGGGUUAACAUAAAGACAGUUCGAUCUCCCAUGCGUCUCCUUUUCGGGGCUGCUAAUUCCCCCAGUCGCCCCUUUGACCAGUCUUGUGCAACCAGGGCCACCAGGUCACGGCUGUCCACAGACUCUUCUGUCUUUGAGAGUCCAAAUAAAACUCCAACAAAGUCACCUGGCAAACGUGGGAGGGCCAUGCAUGGGAUCACGACACCCAGGACGCCAAAGACCCAUCGAACCCCAGAGUCCCCCAAAACCCCACCUCCAUCCAGGAUGUGUGUUUUCUCUGUUGCAGAGAGCCCUGUAGCAGGCAGCUCUCGUGAACAUGGCAUGGGUCUGAGAGGCAGUCCUUUCAGAUCUCCAGCAAGAAAGACUCAUUUGGUAGAGACUCCUACUAAGGAGAGCCCUGUGAGGAGUCCACUGAAGGGUAUUCUCAGGACUCCGGUCAAGGCCUUGGUUGAAUGCCACAUCUCUUCUGGAUUACAUCUUCUCAAUAGCCCAGUUUCCAAGACUCCCAAGAAGAGCGUCACGUGGUCUCCAUCCCCUCGAAAAUGUAGAAUGGCAGAGGGCAGUGUUACUUUCAAGGUGCCAGAGUCGCCUCGUACUGCAUCACGUACUUCGCCGAGACUGGUGAAAACACCCAAUGAGUUCAGUAGUCCUGUCAAAAGCACAAACACUAAAAUAGACAUUUUCAGGACCCCAGAAAAGACUGCAAAUAGUGUUACUUUUACUUUGCCUCGUUGUGAAAAACUUCACAACGAGAUGAAAACACCUGAAAAAGGUGACACUGUUAGUCUACUGGAAAUGCAUCCUCCACAAUCCACACCACCUAAACCCAACACUAGAACUCAAUCCAAGACCCCUAUUCCUACUGGCAAAAUGAUUACUCGCUCAGGACAAACUCCAUGCAAGAGUCCAAGCAUUGCAUCCCCAUGUAAGCCAGUAUUCACAACAGUAGGAGGUACUGCUAAUUCAGAAGGACCAAAUACUCCAGUAAAGUCUCCAGCAAAGUCCCUGACAAAACCAAGGUUUAGUCAAGGGGCUGGAACCACCAGACAAACAUUAAGGUCUCAGUCUACUGAGAAUGUUCCCUCCCAACUAAAGACAGAAUCUGCUGAGAAAUGUGAUCAUGUGGAAAAGAACAUGCAGUCAGAAUCAAAAGACGAGGUACAAGCUAAACCUUCCCGAUCCUCUGAAACUGACUCUAGUUCCCACACAGAUUCACAGCCGUUUGACUCUUCAUGUUUUAACUCUGCAUCCACAGACGAUGAUAGUAUGGACAUUGUAGAUGCUGCAGUUGUAAAGACCCAGCUUAGUGGAGGUAUCAAGAUGAACAUUAGCUUUUCACGGAAGCCCUCAGUGUCCAGUGAAGACUUUUUGUUGAACACUGUGUCUCCUAAAUCACGUGAACCACCCCAAGGCACACCUAGCCGGAGCUAUGGCUUCCGGCAGACCCCUGACCGCCGACAGAGAGAAGCUGCUGCUCGUUUGGGCUACGGAAAUGAAUCCCCUCGAUUUUCAACUCCUCGAGGCCCAGCAAGACUUAGUCGGCAGAAAAGCAUGGGCACUCCGAACCCUCUGACUUACCAAGUAGAAAUGGAAAUGCAAACGUCAGGACUUCCCAAGCUCAAAAUCAGACGUACAGAUUCCAUGAAUGCGGGAGAUUUGGCCUCAGAUGGAGGUUCUCGAUCAGGAGCUCGGAGCCCUUUAGUUGUCGUGAAACCUUCUCAGCUGGAAAGCCCCUUGGCGUUGUUCUCGAAGCACAGAGAUCCAGGAUGUGUCUCACCAUCUAUCUGUACUCAUGUCACCCCGGCCAAGAGCACUCCUAGAAAAGGUGGAAGCGUCCAAACUUUCAUCUGCCAGUCUUACACCCCUACACGCCAUCAUGCAGGAACAAUGUCUCCAAUGGCGACUGCAGACAUCAUUCCCCUGACUCCUUCACCUCAGAGUGUAGGUAAGGUGACCCCAGACAACCUCAACAGCUGGCCUCGGAGGAAGAGAGCUCAGACUGGAGUGGUUGGAGGCAAAGAUCGUGGUCUGAAGGGGGAGCCUUUUUUGGUGGAGUUGCUGGAGGAAGCUGAGCUUGGAGUUAGCAAAUUGCAGGAUGUUGAGGACACAGAUGAGCCCUCAGACAACAAAACUGCAUUAUUAGCUUUGACUUCCAAACAGUCACCCCCAGUUAAAGCAGAUGCAUCUCCUCUCUCCCCACUGGAAGGCUUGUACUGGAUGGAGAAGCUGGCAGAGCAGGCUGACUGCGCUGAUCCUCAGAGAGAAGAAGAAGAAGACAUCAUCUGGGCCGCUGGAAAUGGAGAUGUCAAGUCAAUUGCGACUCCUCCCAGCUCAAAGGUGAGGAAGCCGGUGACAGCAACUGGGAUUUUGGCCCUCACUCACUCUCCAUUGUUGUUCAAAACGGGCUCUGCUAGUAAGAGAACGCCACAUUUUAAAGAUGACGCUGCAUCAGGGAGGAGGAUAGAAGUUGAUGGAGUGGACCCCUCGCCCCAGCCAAUCAGACGCUCCUCAGAAAAGACCUACAGCAGAAAGAGGCUGCUUCACUGAAUCAAGGAAAUCAUCUGGCAACAAAGCAAAAAGAUUGUCCAUUCUGUGUGUUACUGUGAAGUUGUGAGCCUUUCUUAGCCAUAUUUUUCCAGGAGUGCUUUUGAUGGCAGAUCUGAAAGAUGUCUUUCAAGCACAACUUGAAAGGCUUUUCAGAUAAAUGAAUGUCCCUUUCAGUCUGCUCCACCAACACUUCCGACCCUGACAUUUUGUGUUCUAGCUUUGGUUUUAAUCAGGACAUUUUAAGAAAGGUAAGUUUAGCACAUAGUUGAAAAGCUAUGCAGUUCUGCCAAGAUGUUUAAAAACUGUUCCUGUUAAUGAUUUUAGCAUUCAACAUAUGCCAUGUUUUCUGCAUGGGCCUCUCUGAAGCUAAAACAUUGGAAAAUGGUGAUAUUAUGUCAUUGUUUUUCUAAAUUGUAAUAAGCAAUUUUACAAUCAAGUCUAAAGCCUAAAUGUUUUUGAUAUAAAUACUAUUCAUGUUUAUUUAUUAGUUUUUUUUGUGUUAUAAACUUGCUUUUAAGUAAUAGGGAAGGGCCUUAUUAUUUCAUAUUGUAAAUAUCUUAUAUUGUUAUGU